AUGUCUGAUGUGCAUGUCUCUGAUCCAAACACAAUUCCUUCAGAGGACCAUGUUGACGACCCUCUUCUCACUAUUGAGAAUGUGACAGAAUGGCGCGCAACGGCCGACGUCUUCGAUGCCUUCUUCACCAGGCAAAUCGCGUCAAUCUACUGUCACGUUACCGCGGACCGUGGCAUUCCCUUGCCAGAUCGUGACACAGGAGCCGUAGAUGGUUGGGAGGCCGUGAAAACAGAGGCGGAUGAAUUGCGAAAUUGCUGGCUUCGGACGUGGUAUGAAAGUGAAGAAUUGGGGUUUGGGAAAGAAAAUCCUUCUCGGCCCCAGGAACUUGCGGCUGCAAUUACAGCCUUGAGGCAAGCAGCAAUCCGGAACCAUGAUGCCAUGGAAGAAAUCUACUCUAGUCUCGAGCGCUAUGUACACGGGACAGAUUCUUUAGCAGCGGAUGAGUUUUCCACUGCAUUCCACCAAUAUGUGAAGGACGGUUAUGACCCUGUCUCAACUCUGAAUUCAUUGUCAUUCACCGACAAGACUGCUGCUUCCCUUCUCCAAAGUAUCUCUGACUGUCACUCCAGACUAGAAGACUUCCGGGAGGCUGUGAGGUUGACAGUGGUGCGUGAAGGGCUCGUGCAAGCUGAUUCAAGCUUGACAACAGUCUCCUUGAAUGAGGAUCCUUGGAGCAAAUUGAAUCAAACAGCCUGUGAAGUCGAACAUGAGUAUUGGAAGAUGACUGAGACGCUUUUGUUAUCCUGGAACAGAAGAGUGGUUGGAUAG